ACUUCAGUUUCACUCUUUUAACUAUUUAUUUAUGUGUAUAUCCCAAAUUCUAAAGAAAAUGUGUUACUUUGAUUCUUCCCCAUAAAAAAUGCAGCCUAAAGUUUCCAUCUUUUUGUGUUUUUCUUUAAUGGUUUAAGAUUGGCUUAAUUGCCUAGAGAGAACGGAGGCUAAAAGGAGGAAGCUUUUGUUCCAAAGAAGAGAUCUUGAGAACUCAAAAACAGGAAUUAUGGGGAGUAAAUGGAGGAAGGUGAAGUUGGCUCUCGGCUUGAACAUGUGUUUGUAUGUGCCAGAAAAGCCUGAAGAAUCAUCUCCUUCAUCAUCAUCAACCGCCAGUAAUCACCGACACCAUCCGGGUGGUGUUCCCUCAAGAUUCUCCUCCGACGCGUCUUCUCCCUCUCCCCUUUCUCCACCGGCAUUAGAAUGCCGGCCAACCACAGCUACCCCGUCUUCUUCCCGCAUCCGGUUGUCCAAAUCCGGGACGAGAGCAUCAAAGAGAACCUGUUCAAUUUGUCUGGCAACAAUGAAAGUUGGUCAAGGCCAUGCCAUUUUUACUGCAGAAUGCUCCCAUUCUUUCCAUUUUCACUGCAUAAUCUCUAAUGUAAAACAUGGGAACCAGAUAUGUCCAGUUUGCAGAGCCAAAUGGAAAGAAAUCCCCUUCCCUAGCCCUUUUUCUUAUCUUCCAAAUGAAAGGUCAAGGAUCAACUCUGUAGAAUGGCCCCGGGAAGAUGGCUGGAUGACUGUUUUACAACGGCUUCCUCCUCGGCUAGAUUCUUCUUCUAGGCAAAUUACUUCUCUUUCUCAUGCUCCAGAGCCAGGAAUCUUUAAUGAUGAUGAAGUCUUAGAUCAGCAGAAUGAGACUACUGAAGAAGUAAACACAGCUACAAAGUAUGCCGCUAGCAGCAAUUUUAUUGAUACACUAGAAGUCAAGACUUUUCCUGAAAUUUCAGCAGUUCCAAGAGCAGUCACUCAUAACAAUUUCUCUGUACUAAUUCAUCUCAAGGCUCCUCAUAGAAGUGGACAAAAUAGCAGCAGAAACCAGACUAUGUUCUCACCAGUAUCUCAAAAUACUCAUGCCACAGUUGACCUUGUCACAGUGCUUGAUGUGAGUGGCAGCAUGGCAGGUACCAAGCUUGCUUUGCUAAAACAAGCCAUGGGCUUUGUGAUACAAAACCUUGGCCCCUCUGACCGGCUUUCUGUUAUAGCUUUCUCCUCCACAGCCCGCCGCCUCUUUCCUCUUCGUCAAAUGACUGAGACUGGGAGACAGGAAGCAUUACAGGCUGUUAACUCCCUGACUACAAAUGGAGGGACAAACAUUGCUGAAGGGCUUAGGAAAGGCACCAAGGUGUUAGUGGAUCGCAAGUGGAAGAACUCAGUUGGCAGUAUCAUUCUGUUAUCUGAUGGGAAGGACACUCACACCAUUACAAGUCCCAGGACUGAUUAUAAAUCACUUCUUCCUGUCUCCACUCAUUGGGAUGGUGGUGCUGGGUUUCAGUUCCCUGUGCAUGCAUUUGGUUUUGGUGCAGACCAUGAUGCUGCUUCAAUGCAUUCAAUUUCUCAGAUAUCUGGAGGUACAUUUUCUUUCAUUGAAGCCGAGAGUGUAAUCCAGGAUGCAUUUGCAUUGUGUAUUGGGGGGCUUUUAAGUGUUGUAGUGCAAGAACUGUCUGUUAAGGUUGAGUGUGUUCACCCAAAAUUGCAAAUUAACUCGAUAAAGGCUGGCAGUUAUCAAACCAACGUGAUGGCUGAUGCAAGAUCAGGUUCUGUUGAUAUUGGAGACUUGUAUGCUGAGGAAGAAAGGGAUUUUUUUGUGACGGUCAAUAUUCCAGUUGAUGGAUCCAGUGAAGAGAUGCCAUUGCUAAAGGUUCAAUGUGUUUACAGGGAUCCUAUUACAAAAGAAAUCGUGUCCCUAGAGGAAGCCAGUGAAGCGAAGAUACAGAGGCCUGCAAUAGUUAUACAACCGGAAGUGUCUAUGGAAGUAGACAGGCAGCGAAACAGGCUCCGUGCAGCAAAGGCAAUGGCUGAGGCUAGAGUUGCUGCUGAGAAUGGCAAUCUAGCUAAUGCUGUGUCUCUCCUCGAGAGUUGUGGUAGGGCUUUAUCUCAAACCAUCUCUGCCCAAGCUGGUGACAGGUUAUGCAUUGCACUAUGUGCUGAGCUAAAGGAGAUGCAAGAAAGGAUGGCAAGCCGCCACUUGUAUGAGGCAUCUGGAAGGGCUUAUGUGCUGUCAGGAUUGAGCUCACAUUCAUGGCAAAGGGCAACUGCCAGAGGUGACUCCACUGAUAGCACAAGUCUUGUGCGAGCUUACCAGACGCCUUCCAUGGUCAACAUGGUGAGCCGUUCUCAAACCAUGUUCUAUGGGAACCCUCAACCCCAAAGAAAACUUAGACAAGCUCAUUCAUAUCCAGCCCGUCCAGGGCCAAAGUAAUAGAUUGGAGUAACCUUUGGAAAACUCUCCUCACCCUUCCUUCAUUUUUUGCAACCAAAAGACCUUUUAGUUUUGGUAAUUUUUUUUUUUCUUUCAUUUUCAUGGUGUGGGAAGCCGGGUAUAAAUAGGAGAAAUAUAAGCAGGUUGGGAGUUUUUGCAUGUUUAUGUUCUUGUUUUGGGAUGUAAAACAGUAAAAGAAUAAGAACUUGGGACAAGUGACAUGACUAGUUUGAGAGGGAUAUUCUAAGAUGGAAGCGGUCAACAUGGGAAUAAGGUUUUUCAUAGUUUGAUCAUGGGAUGAUGUACAGUACAUGGUGAUGGGGGGGAAAGGUGUUUUUGUUCCCGAAGGAAGACGGGGGUAUAGGCAUAGCCAUGUAAUUGUGGGACACUUGGGGUGAAUUCUUCUCUUAAAUAUAUCCGCUUUUAAUUC